AUGGAGUUACCAAAUGACAUUGGCAACCUCUCCAACAAAGCAUCGCUGUUGUUAAAUGACAACAAUUUGUCUAAAGAGUUGCCUUCAUCAUUUCAAAAGCUGGAACAAUUAGAACAACUUAAUUUAGAAAAUAAUUUGUUUGCUGGUGAGAUCCCAACAUGGUUGUUCGAUUUCAAAAACCUCUUAGAGUUGAAUCUUGGGGCAAACAAACUUGUUUUGAAAAAUGCGAGAAUAGCACCAAGGUGCAUGUUGGAUGUACUGUCAUUGAGAUCUUGCAAUCUUUCAGGGCAAAUUCCCAUUUGGAUUUCCAACCAGACUGAGCUUAUCUUCUUGGACUUGAGUGAUAAUAACCAUGAAGGAACUCUCCCUCAAUGGUUAGCUCAAAGAGAUCUUGUAGGUUUGUUUUUAUCAAAUAACAAGAUUUCAGGUUCUCUACCACCUCGCUUAUUUCAAUCUCUGUCUUUAAAUGCCCUUAUAUUUUCAAUUAACAACUUCUCAGGAGGAAUGCCAAAUACUAUUAGUGAAGCCACUGAAAUGAGUAUACUCUUGUUGUCAGGACCAAUUCCCACACCCAUCUCAAAUAUGCAUAAACUUAGGUCUCUGGACUUGUCAAGCAAUAGAUUUUCAAGCAAUGAGUUUCCAAUAUUUAAUCCAAAUUCAUCGAUGCUUUAUAUUGAUCUUUCCUCCAAUAAACUAUCUGGUCAGGUUCCUACGACUUUUCGUUUGGGAAUAAAAGUGCUUGUUUUAAGCCAAAAUGAGUUUUCUCGUGUCUUGCCUCAAAAUCUGUCAAAUUUUAGCCAGCUGGUAUACCUUGAUCUCCGUAGCAACAACAUUGGAGGUGAAAUAUCAAAAUUUCUUUCGCAGAUGUCUUCUCUUCAAAUUUUGAAUCUUAGAAAUAAUUCUUUCGAAGGCUCAAUUCCAAUUAAUUUGUCAUGUCUUAGUGCACUUCAAAUACUUGAUCGCUCUUGCAAUAACCUUAGCGGAAAAAUCCCACAUACUUUAGGAAAUCUUUCUGGGAUGAUCAAUCAUCAUGACGUAACAUCCAUUUUCCUAGGUGAAAUUCUUCCCGGAUCUUCCAUUUUGUGUGUAACUGGUUACAAUCGGAAAGAUGAUGAAGCUGUUAAGUUUUUAGCUGGGUUAAAAAAUUUGAAGUCAUUGAACUUAUCACAUAACAAACUCUUUGGAGGAAUACCUUUGAGUUUUGGUGGUUUGCAAAGCUUAGAGAGCUUAGAUUUAUCACAUAAUAGUCUCUUUGGUGAAAUUCCUUACACAUUGGCAUAUCCCUUUGAGCUGAGUUACUUAGACUUGAGUAACAAUAAACUGGAGGGUCGCAUUCCACCUGGACCUCAGAUGGAUACGAUAAAUGACCCAAAUUCUUAUGCCAACAAUAAUGGAUUGUGUGGAAUGCAAAUUAAAGUAUCAUGUGAGAAGGUGCCUUCUAAACCAAAGCUGAAAGAGAGAAAGACCAAGAAAAGAAAGAGCUGGAAGACAUGGUUUUCGUGGGAAAUGGCAGUGACUGGAUAUUCUUCUGGGUUUUUGUCAACAAUUUUGGUUAUGUAUGUCACUGUUUACUUCAACAUUGCACCACAGCCAGGUAGAAGACGCCUUGUCAGGCAUGGCUUUAUCGGUUUUUAG